AUCCGUUCUUCAGCCGGCGCCUCCCACGUCUCCAGUCCGACACUCCGACUCACUCCCCCUCCCCCGCCCCAACCCGUCGCAAUGGCCGCCGUCUCCGCAGCCCCGAGGCCCUCGAUGCCUCCCCGACUCGCCCUCCGUGCCCACCUCUUCUCCUCCGCCUCUCCGCUCCCAAUGCGCGCGCUCCCCUUACUCCGCAGCCGCUUCCGCUCCUUGACCACGGCCUACGCUGUCAAGCAGGACACGGCCCUCUGGACCCCUGCACCCGUCUCCGCCAUCAGUGCUGCCACCGACGACGGCUCCGUCUCCCUCAUCGCCGUCGACCUAUCUGACGCCACGGACCUCGUGGACUCGUACACGAACCCGGGCCAAUACCUCCUGAUCCGCGUACCCGGCGAGGAGCUCAAGCCGGCGUACAUGGUCAUCUCCUCGCCGCCUAAAGCGGGGCCCCGGUUCGAAUUCCUCGUCAAAAGCGUGCCGGGAGCUACCGCGGGGCGGCUCUGCGCCCUCCGAGACGGGGAUGUUGUGGAGCUCGGCGCCGUCACGGGGAAGGGGUUCCCCCUCGACAGGAUAAAUCCGCCCGACGUCGCGCAGACCGUGCUCAUCUUCGCGGCGGGGACGGGGAUCAGUGCGAUUCGAUCACUUAUCGAGUUCGGUUUCGCUGCCAAAGAAAGAGCUGAUGUGAGGCUUUAUUAUGGUGAUACAAGUCUGAAAUCUAUGUCAUACCAGGAAAGGCUUAGUAACUGGGAGUCAACUGGAAUUAAAAUAAUACCAGUCUUAUCACAACCAGAUGACAGCUGGAAAGGUGAACGAGGAUAUGUUCAGGAUGCUUUCUUCAGAAACAAGAACAUAGUAAAUCCAUCUUCUACAGGAGCCAUACUUUGUGGACCGAAUGAAAUGCAGGAGGAACUCACCUUAUCCCUUGUAGCAGAUGGUGUCUCACGAGACAAAAUCUUAACGAACUACUGAAAGCGAUCUCCGGUCUCUGAUGUAUUUUAUGACCAGUUAGGCCUCAACGUGUAAACUUUAUUGCUUAGGCCUGGCUGUGAUGUUCCAGUGAUAUAUGAAUAAACUACUGAACUUGAGACGAGGAUGUAAUGUUCAGUGAUAUAUUAUAUGAAUAAACUACUGAAUUUGAGGCGAGG